AUGAUGGAGGCUUGUGACAACAGCGAUCGCCGCCGUGAUCGCCGCCGUGAGGAGGACAGGGCCGAGCGCGGCGAAGGUGGUGGUAGUGACAGUGGUGGUGGCGAGGGAAGAUACAAUGCUGCCUCGGACGAGCAGCAGCCUUUGCUGUCCUCUUCCUCGGCGAGCAGUACGAGCGGUAGCCCACGCACACCGUCGCAGGUGUAUGCGGUGAGCCUGGCCUUCUUCGUGCUGUUUCUGGCAUACAACUCGCUGCAGAACUACACCACGUCGCUGCUGCCAAACGGCCUCGGUAACCAGUCCCUGGCGAUCCUGUACAUCAGCGUGCCGUUCUUCUGUUUCACGGGACCCCCAAUAGUGCAACGGCUGGGCGAGAAGUGGACCAUGGUCCUUGGUUCAUCCACAUACAUUCUCUUCAUGGGGUCUCUCAUCAAGGUCAUCCCCGCGUUGGUGAAGGCGGCAUCUGUGGUGAUUGGGUUUGGAGCUGCGAUCUUGUGGAUUGCGGUGGGCCCAUACAUUACAAAGGCGAGCACAACGGACACCGUGGGUCGGAACAACGGCAUAUUCUGGGGCAUCUUCCAGUUUUCCAAUGUCAUCGGCAACAUUGGCGCCUACUUUAUCUUCGAUAACCUUGGUGGGUCUACAGCGCUGUUUCUUGCCCUGACGGCGAUUGGUGGGCUGGCCGUCAUCAUCUUCUGCUUCAUCAAGCCAACCUCCAAAUUCAGCACCCAAUACCACCAUCAAAACUCCGAAGCGCUUCUCGAAGAAAAGAGGACUGUAUGGGAGGAUGUGAAGGCCACGCUCGUCAUAUUGCAAACGAAUGAGAUGCUGCUGCUGCUGUACAUGUUUCUCUUCACGGGGCUCGAGCUUGCGUUCUGGAGUGGCGAAUUCCCGCAGCUGCUGGAUGCAUCUGUCAUCGGGCUUGUGCUGUGCUUUGCCGGCGUUGGCGAGAUUGCGGGCAGCCUGUUCACCAACCGCCUGUCUGAUCGCCUCGGCUGCUCCCUCAUGCUCGGCGUUGGCGCUGUCGUCUACGCAGCGGGCCUCACCCUCGUCUCAUUCAUCCACCUCGAUCCACCGGGAACCCGCCCACUCUGGAAGGGCGCAUCAUGGAUGGCUUACGUCUCUGCCUUUGCCUUUGGCGUGGGUGACAGCUGUCUCAACACACAGGUGUACGCCCUGUUGGGCAAGUUGACCAAAGGAGCGACAGCUGUCAAGGCGUUUACGGUGUUCCAGAUUUUCCAAAACCUGGGGUCUGCCCUUGGGUUCUUUUUGGGCACGCAGCUGCCCAUGCACGGCCACAACGCGUCACUGGCGCAGGUGUAUAUCCAGGCGCUGAUCCUGUUGAUCGGCACCGUGUUCUUCAUUCGCGUUGACGUGCAGCAUUCCCGCAAGACGAAGCGCAGACAACAGCAGGAGCAACAGGAGCAGGCAGCGCGUGAGGCAAAGUCAACCGACAGUCAUCACCACGGUCAUCACCACCACCACCAUCACCACGACCACGACCACCACCACCAUGUGGGUGUCAACAGGGCCAAUGGCAUGCAUGCAUGAGUCGUGAUAGGAUUCGAUGACGCCAUGUUCUUGUGGCGUCGUUGAUUGAUAGUGAUAGUGAAUCCACAUCGGUUCUUUCUUUCUUUCUUUUUUGUUACUUUUUCUUCGACAUGCUCGCGUUACAUUAGCUUGUCUCAACAGGCCAGCCUGUGUGUGUUUGCGCUUGUGUGUGUAUGUGUGUGUUUGCGCUUGUGCGUGUAUGUGUGUGUGUGUGUGUUCGUGCGGUG